UUAGGUGCGCGCGCCGCACCAUCUUUGUCGUAGAUAUCUACUAAUUGUAACGUGAGAUUGAACGUGUACGUAUAAAAUAUUGUCAGCUGGCCAUAAUUAACGAGUCAUUAUGCCUGGAGCCAGGCAUAAAAUACUCGGGCAUGUAUUGUCCGGGUUUUGCCAUAAGAUGAAUCGUCGAAAACCGCUUUACGGCGAUACUAUGGACACACCACUCAACCGGUGCCUCACUACCUUCGACAUCACUUUACUAGGUGUUGGACAUAUGGUAGGCACUGGCAUUUACGUUCUGACUGGAACUGUAGCGAGUCGCAUAGGAGGACCUGCGACGGCACUCAGCUUCCUUCUUGCUGGUGUCACUUCUACAUUAGCGGCUCUAUGUUACGCUGAAUUCGGUACUAGAAUACCUAGAGCUGGUAGUGCCUAUGCUUAUACCUACGUCAGUAUUGGUGAAUUUUGGGCGUUCAUCAUCGGUUGGAAUAUUGUUUUGGAGUAUAUAAUAGGUGCUGCAUCGGUUGCUAGAGCAUGGUCGGCUUAUUUAGACACAAUGCUGGACGGAGCAAUUAGCAAUGCUACAAUAUCUAUUACGGGAGAACUACACGAAACGUUGUUCAGCACCUAUCCAGACAUUCUGGCAUUUCUCAUAUGUAUAGUUGCCUCUUUAAUUCUUGCUGUUGGAGUAAAAACAUCUGCCUAUAUCAACAACGGCCUAACAAUUUUGAACUUACUAGUCAUAUCUCUUGUCAUAUUUCUCGGUUUUUAUUACGCUGAUUUUAAUAACUGGUCUGCAAAGAAUGGGGGGCUUAUGCCAUAUGGAUUUAGUGGCGUUUUGGCCGGAGCGGCAACUUGUUUUUAUGCUUUUGUCGGCUUCGACAGUAUUUCAGCAUCGAGUGAAGAAGCCAAAGACCCAUCACGUUCUAUUCCUGUUGCAACUAUGUUAUCCAUAGCUUUCGUGUCAUUUGGAUAUAUUCUUGUUGCAAUUGCCUUGACAUUAAUGGUACCAUACACGAGUAUAAAUCGCGAAGCGGCACUGCCAGCAGCUUUAGGUGCUGUGCACGCCGAUUGGGCCAAAUAUGCAGUGGCAGUCGGUGCCGUGUGUGGAAUGACAACAACUUUGUUAGGCUCCUUGUUUUCUCUGCCUCGUUGUUUAUAUGCUAUGUCGGCUGAUGGACUGUUAUUUGGUUUUCUUAGUGAUGUUAACAACAAAUCACAAAUUCCUAUUUCGAAUCUUAUCAUAUCUGGAUUAUCAUCUGCAUUGAUAGCUUUAUUAUUUGAUUUAAAUAAGUUAAUUGAAUUCAUGUCGAUCGGAACUCUUUUAGCCUAUACAAUUGUUAGUGCAGCAGUAAUCAUACUUCGAUAUCGACCUACGCCCUCUUUGGAUGAUAAAAGCUUUGGUGCACCUCAAUUGGAUUCUCCUUGGGAUCGAGAAGAUAGCUCAGCUACAGGCACUCCGGCGACUGAUGGUGGCUCUUCUUCAUCUGAGAUGUUCGAAGCCCUUACGGUUGGUCGACUGCGGCCACAGUAUGCGUGGCUGGAGCCCCUGGUAGGAGGCAGGGCCCCAGGAGCCGCAGUAACCGGUUGUGUCUACACAUUCACCGUGGCCGCUGCUGCCCUCUGCGCUCACGAGCACUUCUUGUCGGAACCGGCUGGUCUCUGGGCAUUACUUCCAGACUUCGUUCUCACAUCAAUUAUGCUUUCUUGCUUACUGAUAAUCAAAGCUCACCAGCAAAGCCCGACUCGUUUGCCAUUCCGAGUGCCAUGUGUGCCCUUGAUACCGGCCAUCAGCGUAGUCAUGAAUCUAAUGCUCAUGAUUAAUCUCAAAGCACUGACAUGGGCUAGAUUCGCUAUAUGGAUAACAUUCGGUUUACUUCUGUACUUCCUGUACGGGAUACAUCACAGUAAAUUAGGCGAGGGUGUAGGGCUACUGUCGCGAUCAGCCAGCGGCGGCGGCCAUAGCGGUUGGGGGGCGGUGGAGAAGACGAGCGCGCUCGCCCGCCGCGUCGCACGACUCGGCCGCGGCAGCAAGAGCGACGACCGCAAACCGAUCAUAUGCGACGACGACAGUGCACGGCGGGAACCGUGAUUCUAACGAGGUUUUCACGUAUACAGUUUGUUGGUUGCUUUCAUGUAACAUAAUCUUUUGACUGCUCGAUUUAUUUGAUUUUGUGGGUCAACUUCAUAUGGGCCCGUACAUAAAUUAUGUUAUACUUUAGAGAAAGGAGGGUUGUGUGUGUGUGUAAACAGUGCGAUAUCGUGUGAUAAAGGAAAAAGGGGGAGAAGUCAUAAGCUUCAUACGUCACAUAAAUAAAUAUAAAAUAAAAACCCUAAACAUCAAUUUGAUCAAAAACUUUUAAAAUAUACCAAUCUUUCAGUUAAAGAUUGUUAAAUUUUGUAUCUUUCAUCAUCAUCAUAUCAAAUAAUUAUAUAAAUAAUUUUGGGAGUGCUAUUUAGAUAAAUUUAAGAUUACAAAAUAUGAAAUUACAGCAACAGGCGGGUUAUGUCAGACACACACAUAUGUGAUCUAUGCGACAAGGACAGAGAAGACAUUCUAAAAACCAUGAAAUUUGUAUGACAUAAUUUGUGUAUGAUUCUAAAUAUGUAGUAACAGAAAUAUGUAUUCAGAAUAUGUAGUAUCAUGUGAACUGCCUAACUUUAAUUAAGUAUCCUAUUUAUAAUCUUUACAAAUAAAAGAAUUGAGAUGUAAAAUAUCUGAUAUAAAGGUGGAAAGGAAUAACUUUAAUUUUUUGGAUUUUGAAAAAAAUAACCAUAGAAUAUCUAAUAACCAAGUACCAAUAACUUCGGUUUCUGAAUUAAAAUUUUGAUAAAUGCGUAUGGACCAUUAAGCUCAAAUUUUGAAUUAACCAAAGUCGCACGAUAAUGCUUGGCUCUUGUUAAGAAGUCUGCCUGGUUAGAGUUAAAAAGUACAAUUAAAGUUUAGAUAGUUAAUUAUGAAAAAAAAAAAGACUACAACAGGCAGAAGAUCGCGGCAUUGUUAUUCUUUACAAGGAAGUCUUCUUAAUGAACAAUUAUUUUAGAUUAUUAUACCACUUAAUUAUAUUAAGGUGACUGGAACGAAUUUACUUCAUCCUUUUUAUUCUAUUGUGCCACAAAGAUGGAAAUAAACAUUUUCUAUAUUAGUUUUAUGAACACUAGACACAAAAUUAUUUAUCGGUAGGCAGGCGCAAUUGUAGUAGCAAGUAGAAACUAAUUUUACUUCGUAUCUAUUAUAACGUACAAAAAAUACUUCGUAUUUUUUACAAUGAAGAGCAGGAACGUUUUAGAGUGCCAAUAGAUAAAUAUUCGUAUGCAAUUUAGUAAAUUUAUUAUUAUAUUAAUUUGAAUUGAAGCUUAUGUAUAAAAUGAUCCUCUCUCAGGCUAUAUACGAUAGUCCUAAUAUCUUUAAUUUAAAAUCAAUAUUAAUACUCUAAUCUACGCCAAAGAAAAAGCAGGAUACAUUCAGUAGCCUUUACACAAAAACCUGAACUACUAAUAAUUAAUUUCGUCUGAGCAAUCGUCUAGUUUUAUAGACCGUAUAGUUCGUUUAUUUUAUUUAGUAUAUCGUGUAGUUUAUUCAGUAUAAAAUUUUAUUUUUCCUAAGACUUCGGAAAUCUUUUCUAAUAUUAUAAAUGUGAAAGUGAGUUUAUUUGUUAUGUUUUAAUGCCUUAACCAAUCACUUUGAAAUUUUGUAUAUACGUAGUAUAUGAAAUGGAGAAAGACAUAGAUUAUUUAUUAUCACAGUUACUGCACAUAUCCCGAUCACGUGGACAAAGUCGAAGGUGGUGGAAAAGCUAGUAGCCAGUAACUAAUAGUUGCCCUAUUUAAGAUUUUGUUCCACUAAAAGCAGCUAUUUUCAUCAUGAGUAAAUCAUUAUAGAACCAAAUAUGAUCGUAAUCCCUUCAGACUGUUGAAUUAUCAAAAUCAGUUCAGAAUUGGUGAAGAUAUCGCCUAACGGAACAAAACAGACGAAUUGAGAAUCUUCUUUUAUAAAAAAAAAUUAAAAUCUUGAUGUCGCAUCAGUAUUUGUAGUAGUCUUACAGUAAUUUUAUUUUAAUUAUAUUUGAGUACCUACCUUAUAAACAGCAAUUAUGUAAUAUGCAUAACACAUCGAUUUAAGUAUGGAUAUAAAAUCACGACAAAUUUAUUUCUUACGAGCAUUAUAGUGUUGAAUAAAAUAAAUGGAUAAUAAUCAUUUUACAUGGAAGAACCAACUAAUCAGGUCUAUUAAUAAUAACUUACUAAUAGAAACAAUUUCCACUCCAUUAUGUAGAUGGAGCUGCCUUGCUAUAUAGAGUUAUGUAAACAUUUCAUAUAUUGUGUACCUAGUCUUAUAUAAUAGUAAGUAUGUAUGUAGAUUGAAUACUAACUAAACAAGUAAAACCUUUAAAAUCUUAGCAAUGUAUGACAAAUUAUUAUACGCAAAGUAUGAACUACAAAGACUAUUUAUUUAAAGUAUGUAGGUACUCAAUUGUCACAGUAAACAACAUUGCCAUGUCAAAAAAAACAAGUAUUUUGCUUUAUUAAUUAAAAUAAAGAUCUAGCACAUACUGCGUAACUUUAAUCUAUUAACAAUAUGGAAACUAAACGGAUAUAUCCAAUGCAACCAUAUUAAAAAAUGUUUUAAAAUAAUUUGUGCAACUAAUGAAUCAUAAAACAGUAAUAAUAUACGACCAAACUUCGUUUACUGAUCUUUACAAAAGUACAAUGUAAUUUUCUAAAAAGUUAUGGUCAAUUAUUAUAAUAAAAUUGUAAAAUAAUGUUUAUUAAAAACACAAGUACAUAUACAUAUUCAUGAUAUAUUUAUAUGAGAGAGAAACGUUAAUAAAAUGGUUUAUUGCAAAGAAAGUUGUUUACGUUUGCAGUCAAGAAACGAAAUAAUGCUCAUAUAAUAUUUUUUGUAUGUUUAUAUUAACAAUAAUUGAAGGCGUAGUGAAGAACAAAUAUUUGGCCGCAUGUUCUAACUCAUACUGUAUAGAUCGCGCAAUUUAUGGGUUUAAGGGUCACUAAGAAACGCAAUAGAAAUAUGUAAUUAAAACCAAGGAAUGAUAUUCAAGAUCAUUAAAAUUCUAAAUGUAUUCAUAUUUAUAAAUUGUUUUAGUUAAAUAUCUUAUAUUAAAAUAUAUUAUUUACUAUUGUAUUAAAAGGGCUUUAUUGCGGAAAUGUUGAGCACAAAAACUUAAAAUUAACGUUCUUCCAAAUCAAAUCCAUGCUCUGCUUAUAAUUCUUAAUUUGAGUUUGUUUAUUGUGUCAAAUAUAAAUCUAGAUAUACCAAAUAUAUUAUUAGCACAGGCAUUGGACAGACUAUUUAUAUUGGUAAAUUUAUACACGAAUUUGUCUAUAGAAAUAUGUAAUUAGAUUCGUGUACAAAUUUCACGAUUGAAAUGUGUAUAGAAAGAUUCUAAGGCAUUGUUGUAUAUCCAUCUAUACAUAGGUUUAUUUUAAAAUGUUGAUGUGUACAUAAAGAAAUUAUAACUAA